CCCAAAUUCAAACAAAAAAAAAAACAAAAACCCAAACCCAAACCGAUAUUGGAGGUUUUCUUACUCAAAUUUGUAGUUCCAUUAUUGUGGUUUUUCUUUUCUUUUUCGAUAUAUCCGGUAGCCGGUUGGCAUGUUUCGUAGUGUGCCCAUCCUGCCGCUCCUUUACGGGGCUCGCAGCCUGUGGGAUUACCAUCAUCGGAGUCUCGGCUUCCCAGUUCUGCAGGCCUCUGGGACAGCCGAUGAUUUCUGCGAGAUUCCCCUGGAGCAGCGGCAGAAGCGGGGUCCUCACACCCAUCAUCGCGCCCGGUUUCGGGAGAUGCGAAUCCUGGAGUACGAGAAUCGUUUGCGCCUGUACUCAAGCCCGGAGAAGGUGUUCCGCUAUUUUGCCACCAUCAAAAUGAAGCACAAGUCCGGCCGUUGGGAGGUGUACAUGACGCCGCCGGACUUUAUGCGGGCCAUAACGCCGGGCUCCCGCCGACAGCCGGAGAGCCUGGGCCUGGACAAGUUCUACAAAGUAUCGGAGGGGCAUAUGCACAAGCAUCGCUGCUCAUCGUUGAGCGACAACAGCAUAUUCUAUAGCUUCCAGAAGGACGGACUCCUGAGCUUUGGGGACUAUCUGUUUCUGGUGAUGCUGCUGUCCGUGCCGGAGCGUUACUUUGAGCUGGCCUUUCGCCUGUUCGACGUGAAUGGUGAUGGGAAUCUCUCGCACGACGAUAUGAACUUGUAUCUAUCGAAAGUCUGCCAGGGGGAUGGUUCGGUGAGGAAUAUGAACGUAAACCAUUAUUUUUUUGGGCCCAAUCUCGACCAGAAGCUCAAUGUGAAUGUCUUCCUGGAGUUUCAGCGAAAGCUGGCCAGCGAGGUCCUGCUGCUGGAGUUUCAGGCCCUUCUGAAGAACUCCAAGACGGUGCUCAGCGAGGUGGCCUUUACCAAAAUGCUGAUGGCCUAUUCCACGGCCAACAGCAUGGAACGUGCCACAAUGCUGCAUCGCGUCCAAGAGAAGUACAAGAAUUCCGAUAAGGGCGUGACACUCGAUGAGUUUCUGACCUUCUUUCGGUUCCUCAAGGAUGUGGCCGCCGUGGACUCGGCCCUCACGUUCCACUAUCUGAGCGGGGCGGAUAUCUCGCGGCAGACCCUACGGCACAUUGCCCAUGUGGUGGUCGGUGUGCAUCUGACCGAUCAUAUUAUUGAUAUCAUUUUCACCAUCUUCGAUACGGACGAUAAUGGUAUACUGAGUCGCACAGAUUUCUUCGAGACGCUGCGCGAUCGCUUUGCCCGAACACCGAGGCGGAAGUACCCCCAUCUGGCCGCCCUGAUGGGUAUUGCCUGUAGGUGUGCCACCCAGGUGUUUGUCGAUCGAUAUUUGCACUGAGAUGUGCUCCAAAGGCUUUUAGCAGGCCCCUCCCCCCCGGGAUCCAAGAACAAAGAGGUGGCACGUCAAUUGAGGAUACGACAGGAGAUGAAGUUGGAGCUGGAGUGGAGACUAGAUGCUGCACAAAAGCGCAGUCUGUUUGCCUUCGACUUGAAACGUUUCAACUUCAGGAGAAGAAGCGCCGCACCACACCGCGCCGUCAAGUGGAAACAAGUUGAAAAAUGAAGCGAACCUCAAGGAUGAAAUCCAUUUUGUUGUCUCGACACUUGAGCGGCGUCUGCCAAGAGUGUUGCGAAAAUUCAAAUAUAAAACAGAUUCUUACAAAGCCGUACCCGAAACCCGUAACCCGUAACCCGUAACCCGGGGUCGACCACGUAGCUUACAUGACUUUGAACUUUU